AUGUCGAGGAACGCUGGCAAUGUUCGCACGUCCGAAGCGAACGACGGACCACUCGAUGGUUGUUCAGGAGGUGAUUUCAUAUCUCUCACUCAAGCCGUGGAGAAGAGCGAGAAAAUCUCCUAUGGUUUCGCAGCGAGUUCAAAAUAUGUUACAUCACAAUCUGAAAGAUCUCAGCCAAUACGCUCGUCUCCUCGGCAGAAGAAGAAUGCAACUUCUGCACUCGAUCGAUUACUCUGCACAAACAGCAGACAAAAAGAGGGCAAGAGUAAUAGCGGAUUGAAUAUGGAAACGAAGACUACGGUUUCCGACAAGGUUGUCGUCGUCGAGCAGGAGCAGCAGCGGUGUAAAGUUGAAGCUCACGGUGAUCUUGGAGAGAACAAUAGAAACAAAGUACGUGGUGAAUUCCCCGUUACGCUUGAUAAAGCUCCUUCGACAACCUUGGCGCGAGAGUUUGGACCAGAUUCGAAAGAAAAAAAGAAGAAGAGAGAGGAGGAAAAGAAAGUUGAACUGCGUGUAUCGUUUCCGGCGCCUUCACUAAGUUGGGGGAGCGCAGACGAACAGCUUUUUGUUCAUGAUAACGUAAGAACGAUAAAGAAAGAUAGACGAUCGAUUGAUAGUAACAACAAGAAAAGAAAAGAAAACCCUAGAGGAGCACCACCGAUUCCCGUCGAGGAAGAUCACACUUCCAAGAUAUCUGCGCCAAAGGAGUUCAUCGCAGAAUGGGAUGAUGAGGAAGAUGAUGAAAGUAUCGAAAAUCAUGAUAUAUAUUUGAACACUGACACCACCGCCGCCGUUGUUGAAAAAACAACAUUAGAAAAUUGUACGACAAACGUAUCUCGAGUCGCGAAUGCAUUGAAAAUGGAUUCAUCAGAUAUGAACGUUCAGGAAAAGAUUAUGAAAAAGCUCGAGAGAAUUGAUUCGCAAGGCGCACGUAUCGCUGCACAAAGAAUCAUCCGCAUACAGAAAGAUGACAACGUUUUACAUUUACAUGUUGUUGCAUGUCUUAAGUCUAGUAAUAUGGUGGUGCCAAAGAUUAUAACUUUGAAAGAUCAUUGGGUAGAUAUUCAAGUCCAAGUGAAUGACCUCAUUCGUGUCCAUUCAAUAAGCCAAGGAAACGAGAUUUCUGGAAACUGUGAAAUCACUGCUACAAAUGGCCUUAUCUUAGUUCUUCAUCCCGAGCUUUUACUGUCUGCAACCAUGCUUGGAGGAUCCUUUCAAUGUUUAAGAAAAGCUUUUAUAAAUACUGUCAUCGGUGAUGGUCCCGGUGGAGAUGCAUCUGAAGCUGCUACAUUCGGAACUCUACUGCACGAACUCGCCGAAAAGUCUUUGAUAAAUUCAGGCUCUAGUGCUAUGUCAAACAAUUUCGCAGGGAUGAACGAAAAUUGUAUGGAGGAUUUUAUCGUUGGAUUGGCUCGCAAAAGUGCCCUAGAUCUAUACGCCAUCAACAAAACAGUUGACAAUUUUAUCGAGCACGCUAGAAAUGUCAUCUCAGGUGUCGAAAAAUGGUCCAAAAAAUUGACGGCAUUAUCUCGCAAGGCCAGAAUAAUGGCAAGAGAUCUCGGUUCGAAGAUGAGUAGUGCGAAUGGAAAUGACUACCAGAUAGCAAAUAUGAGAGAAGAAAACGCGCGUCGAUUUAAUCAGCCCUGUGGAGGCGUGCACGUAGAAGUCCGCAAGAAUGGAGCGAGUAAUUCGAAUGUUUUAGAAGUUUCAGAGAUCGUGGAUAUUGAGGAAAUAAUUUGGGCUCCGAGAUUAGGUUUGAAGGGGCAAAUAGACGCAAUUGCUGAAGCAAGAAUAAGGACUGGUAAGCAAUCGACUGAUGUUAAAGUUGUUCCAGUAGAGCUUAAGACCGGCAAGUGGAAGGAUGUUGUUGAACACGGAGCUCAAGUUUUAUUAUACACGUUGAUGAUUGGUGAGAGAUAUUUUCAAAAUCAAGGCGCUUCUCCGUUCGGUGUAUUGCACUACACGAACGAUGAUCAAAAUGAGGAAGGGAAAACAACCGUGAUCGAAAGGACAAACCUGGAAAUUGCAUUUCUUAUGCAUCAGCGAAAUCGUUUAGCUUCGGCGUUGCAGCCGCGAGACGAUGACGAAGCUUCUCUUGAUCAAAAUAGAUUUCUGUAUCCAGCUGAGAAUUUGAUUGAGAGAACGCACCUUCCACAGGUCCAUAGUAAGUUAGCUUCUGGAAUCCUUCCGAAUAUGUCGCCGAGUAGUUGGUGUGAACGAUGCUUUCAACGUGAAAGUUGCUUUACGUUGCACAAAUCUCUUGAAUCUGGGAACGAGCAGACUUCUGGAUUACAGAUCUUCGCCGCAAGCACAGAUCAUAUCACAAAAUCUCAUUCAGAGUGGUUGAAUAAAUGGAUCCGACUUGUCGACCUUGAAUCGAGCGCUUCGCAUGGUAAGAGAGCGACGCCAUGGAUGGAUGUUGAAGUAGUCUGUUCCAGAAAAGGUGGGAUUGCCGUGAAUGGAUUAAAAUUGAUUCAUCAUAAUAUACAAAAACAAAUCUCGUUGACUCCGGAAGAUGGUACGCCACGACGAGACUCUUUCACCGGUGUAUCACCUGGAAACAUUGUGAAUGAAGAUGAAUGGUUUCAUGAGUUUAUAGUCUCGGAUAAUUCCAAUGAGCAGUGCUCCCUGUCUAAAUUUAGUCCUGGAGAUCGAGUUGUUCUUUCUCGCAACGAUGGCUUGAUGGUUACUGGUCGUGCCACGAUCGAAAAGGUUGAGAUUAACCAUAACAUGUUAUCUCUUGUAACGUCUCGGCCUCUUCGAGUGCAAAGUAAAGAGCAUAUAUCGAUACAGCCAUCACUGCCAGGUAGUGCGAAUCUGAAUGAGCUAUGGCGCAUCGAUCGUGAUGGUGCCGGUCACGCCAUGGCGGCCCGAUCUCGUGGAAAUUUAAUUGCCACUCUUGCUAAGGAUGUCUCACAGAAUAAGAAUCAAAAAUUAAUGCACAUUCCAUCUGAAACCCGAAGGAGAAUAAUAGAUUUCGCGGAACCGGUCUACGAAAAUUUUACUUCUAUAAAGUUACCGGGAAGGUAUAUGAAUGAUUUUGCGGAGUUUGAACGAGAUUACCUUGACAUUGUCGUCGAUUUGAACGCAGAGCAGCGAUACGCGGUCGAGAAAGUUGUCACCUGUUCAGAUUAUGCUUUAGUUCUUGGAUUACCAGGUGCCGGAAAGUCGGAAACUUUGGUCUGCUGUAUUCUUGUUCUUGCGUUAUUGGAAAAGCGUGUUUUAAUCACUUCUCACACACACAACGCGGUUGACAACAUUUUAAAGCGUUUACCCUCAAAAAAUUGCGAAAGAUUUAUUAGAAUUGGCGAUGAUGAGUUCAAAGUUCUCAAGGAAGUUCGAAGAUAUCGUCUCGGGGGUGAAAUUUGGGAUGCAAGCUCAUUCGAUGCGAUAAACUAUGCUUCUGAGAAAGCUCGAAUUGUUGGUGCGACAUGUUAUGCUUUGAACCAUCCAUUCUUCGCUCGAAAAGAGUUUGACGUUGUUUUAGUCGAUGAAGCUGGACAAUUAACGUUGCCAGCUAUAUUAGGUCCUUUAUUACUUUCGAAGACGUUUGUUCUGGUAGGUGAUCACCAUCAAUUGCCUCCAUUGAUUACUUCUGAAGUCGCGAGACGCAGCGGUAUGGAAGAUUCACUUUUUGCUCAACUGUGCAAUAAGAAUCCAAACGCUGUCUGCUCUUUGACAUGUCAGUAUAGGAUGAACGAACCGUUAACAAAGCUACCAAAUGCACUGACUUAUGAUGGUAAAUUGAAACCAGCGAAUGAUGCGGUUGCGAAUAGAAUGCUUUCGGUCGAAGAAGACUUCGAUGUCAAGGCUAGGAAAAUCCAAUGGUUGACAAAUGCGACGAGUGAACAGCCAAAUAAAGCGGUCAUUUUCCUUGAUACAAGCGCAGAAGAAACGGUGCAAGAUCAGACAAGAGAGAGUUCUGAUGAGCGACCGGUAAACAAGGGAGAACAGCGUCUCGUUCUUGAAAUCGUUCGAAGUUUAAUUCGCAGAAAAGUUGAAGCAGCAAAAAUAGCAGUCUUGUCACCUUUCAAUGCGCAAGUGGAUGAAAUUUCUGAACUACUAAAGACUGACGAGAAAGUAAGCGAUGUAGAGUCUUUAACUAUAGAUAAAGCACAAGGAAGAGACUUUGACGCGGUCAUAAUCUCAUUCGUAAAAAGUAAUCCUCGAGGAGAUACGACAGAGCUAUUAGAAGAUAAGAGACGCCUGAAUGUUGCGAUAACUCGAGCCAAGUCAAAGUUGAUUUUGAUUGGAAAUAUGCAAACGUUAAGAGGUAGCAAUGCUAUGAGCAGGAUGCUGGAUGUUAUUGCUUCUGAGAAGAUGAUCGAGCCCGUGGACAGCUCAUUCGUAAAACUGUUCCUGUAA